AUGACUCGUGACAGCGAACUUCAAGUGAUCAUCACGCAACGGAAACACGCAGAGAUCGCUGCGUUUGUGUCGUCACGAGAGUCAGAGGAAGAACUUGCCCCACGAGUUUUAAACUACGAAGAUGUAGAUCGUCUAACCUCGUCUAGCGAUGGAUGUGCAAGAGAUGACGAGUUUGACAGCGAAUCGAGGCUUCUGAAGAGACAGAAGCUAGACCCCGAUACAGCAACUGCUUACAUCCUCUACACCUCUGGGUCGACAGGUGAUCCGAAGGGCGUUGUAGUGCCUCACGCUGCUUUAAUGACAACUCUUUGGUGGACUGUACGCACGUAUGAAGUGACGUCAAGUGACGUUUUCCUCCAGAGCACAUCGACGACUCUGGACGGCUCGUUAUCUCAACUUUUUUCGCCUUUACUCGUUGGCGGAAGCGCACGAAUCACUCGUCCAAAGGGGCUCCACGAUCUGCAGUACAUGCGAAAUGUGCUGCUGGAAGCUCCUCACAUCUCGUUUUGUGUAUUUGUGCCGUCAUAUUUCUCGCUGAUCGUGGACUAUAUGAGUGAAAACGGUGAUACUUUUCCAGCUUCCAUCAAGCACGUUAUACUGGCGGGUGAGGCUUUUCCCAUUGAACUUGCACGUCAAUUCUACAAGAAACACCCGGCCUGUUCUACGUGUCUUGUCAAUGAAUACGGACCCACUGAGGCGUCGAUAACUUCGACAGCUUUUCGGAUGCCUCGAGAACUGGCGAUGCAGAACGAGUCAAGUCUUUUUCAAGGACUUCAUAGUGUACCCAUCGGAAAACCGAUAGACGAGCAUCCGGUGGUAGUGCUGGAUGCUCAGAGAAGACUCGUUCCAGUGAACGUCCCUGGUGAGUUGUACAUUGGUGGAGCAGGGGUGGCUCGUGGCUAUUGGCGUCGUCCAGAACUCACCGAGAACUCGUUCGUUCUUCACAAAAAACUCGAAGAAAUCGCGUCACUAGCUCAGAAGCGAACACGAAGAUGGUACAAAACUGGGGAUUUGGUGAAAUGGCUACCUAGUGGCGAGUUGGUGUUUCUCGGACGCACAGAUGCACAAGUGAAGCUUCAUGGGAUGCGAGUCGAGCUACAAGAAGUGCGCAACAUUCUACUGCGCUCUUCAAGCAUCAAGGCAGCUGAGGUGCUCUCAGUUCCUCAGUUGACCUCGCCCGGUCAGAAGCAACGGCAAAUGUCGUCGACGCUCGUAGCUUUCGUCAUGCCAGCUGAGAGUAUCGACGAAUUAUCGGUCCGAGACGGUUAUUUAACCGAGUUACGCGCGUAUCUUGACCAGCACCUUCCACUUCACAUGGUGCCUCAGUCGAUUCAAGUUGUCAGUAGCUGGCCACGCACACCAAACGGGAAGAUCGAUCUUCGAACGCUCGCAAGUUGGGCUGGCUCAAACUCGACAGACUCUCGUCCUGGAGAACAAAAGAAAGAGUCUACUAUUACAGUACAGUUAGCUACGGACAUUUUACGGCAGGUGUGGAUGCAGGCUCUAGAGCUCCAGCCUGUGGAUGGUGACCAAGACAUGGACGACAAACUCGAAGCGAACUUAAUGUCCAAGUCUUUCUUCGAACUGGGUGGCGAUUCGCUGGCGGCUAUCCGAGCGAUUGCUCUUGCGCAAGCACGGGGACUCUCCUUAGCCCUUGAGCAGUUCUUCCGCACGUCAUCGCUGCCUGAAAUGGCUCGAAGGGCUGCAGCUUCGAUGGUGGAUUUACGUCAGUGGACAUCGGAGACGCUAGUGCCACUUAACUGGCCCACAGCGAAGAAUACACGCACAGUUUUCCUGUUUCAUGACGCUGACGGGACUGUCUGGAACCUGCUGGAACUAGCUCGACAAUUGCCGCUUGCGGUCGUCGGAGUUCAAGCAACCAACUCGCAGUUUUCUAGUCUUGAAGAACUCGCUAAAUUCUACUGGAAUAGUAUCCGUACUCGUCAGAACGAAGGUCCGUAUGCUCUCGGAGGCUUCUCGUUCGGCUGCCGUGUAGCCCACGAAGUAGCACGCUUAGCGGUGAGAGAGGGACACGAACUUGUGCCUCUUAUUCUGCUGGACGGCCUACCAUUCGAGAUGCCGAGCUCCAAGCAAGUUACCGAGGAGGAAGCGACUGCGACUCGACUUCGCAUUGAACAGUAUACGAAUGAAGCAUUCGGAGACGCCCUGCUACGUCCAUUAGGAGACAACUAUAUCCACUUUUGCGCCAUGGAAGAGAUGUACCAGCCGUACACAACGGCGGAAGUGGAGACUGCGUGUUCCAGUUCACAGCCGCCAGUGUGGCUCCAAGCUGACUUGUACAUGACGCAGCGGUGGAGCGCAGACAUCUCGCUGUAUCGAGCACUUGGAAUUGAUAUCACAGCUGUAUCUACCAUUUCAGACUGCACGCAUCUAACGAUGUUACGGCACCCCAGCGUAGACGUGGUAGCGCGACAGAUACGGCAACACAUUGCUACAAGGAUAACUACAUGUAGUGAGAUGCAAGGCCCAUUCCAUAUCAAUGAAAGGUUAUGA